CCAGCAUAGUUAGCUGGCCACUCGUUUUUAUAUUCAUUCUGAUUUUGAUUUUCUUCCAACAUUUUCUCUUUCUUCUUCUUCUUCUUCACCGAUUCCUCCACAACAACUGCAAGAGGCAGACAGAGAGAGAGAGAGAAAAAAAAACCAAUUCCUGCUUCAUUCAUUAUUGGACUUGUUUUUCUCUCUGGAUUUUGACAUCACUUCCUCUCAUUUACCCUUCAUCAGAUUCUUUUUCCUUUCUUAUCUUUCUCUAUUUGCGCCAGAAAAUUCUCUCAUCUCCACAUUUUGCUGCAAACAUCAGUGCUUUCAGCUUUUGCAGGUUCAUCUUUUGUUUUUUACCUGUUUUUUUCUUCAUUCAGAUGAGAGUUGUGUGAAAGUGAAAGCUCUUAUAUCUCCGGUCACCGGCACCGGCGAUCUCUGUUUUGGUUUUUGCCGUGAAGACUAAGAUUUGGAGGGUUAAAGGGUUGGUGUUUUUCUUCAGGCAAACGCCACUGAUUCUUCUACCAUAGAGGAAAAAGUAAAAGUUGAAGUUUCUCUGUUUUUCUCUGUUUCUCUCUUGUGUGAGAAAGAUAAAGGUUCUCUUCUUUUGCUUGGGUUUUGGUUUUUUCCGUGUUUGUGUCUCUUUUCCUACGCGUGGCUGUGGGGAUUUGGCUCCUGAAUGUCUGGGUCAGAGGGCUGAGAUUUCUGUCACAGAAUCAAAAGUUCUCUGAGAUCUAAGGCUCUGUUUCUCUCUGUCUCUCUCUGGUUUUGGAUUCACGCAACAACAGCUUUUUGUUGCAGAGUUUUGUGAAAGAGAAAGAGUGACAAGAUGAUGAAGAUGAGGAGCAUGGGAAACGGGGUUUCAACCAUGAAUAGUGGAAGAAGCUCCGGUGGUUCAGGAACUGAGGUAAGAGCCAUGGAAUGGGAGAUGAGACCAGGAGGAAUGUUGGUUCAGCGCAGAACCGAUGACUCCGAUCGGAGCACCGUGCCGCCGCCACCGACAAUUCGAGUUCGGGUUAAAUAUGGUUCAAUCUACCAUGAAGUCAACAUUAGUUCACAAGCUACAUUUGGGGAAUUGAAGAAAAUGCUGUCUGGGCCAACUGGGUUGCACCACCAAGACCAAAAGCUAUUUUUCAAAGACAAGGAAAGAGAUUCAAAGGCGUUUCUUGACAUGGUAGGAGUCAAAGACAAAUCCAAGCUAGUGCUGAUAGAGGACCCUAUUAGUCAAGAGAAGAGGUAUUUGGAAAUGAGGAAAACUGCAAAGAUGGAGAAAGCUGCAAAAUCUAUCUCUGAAAUCAGCUUGGAGGUAGAUAGGCUUGCAGGGCAGGUAUCUGCUCUUGAAUCAAUAAUUAGCAAGGGUGGGAAAGUUGUGGAGACAGAUGUGCUUAGGUUGAUUGAGCUAUUGAUGAAUCAACUGCUUAAAUUGGAUGGUAUAAUGGCUGAUGGGGAUAUUAAAUUGCAAAGGAAAAUACAGGUGAAAAGAGUUCAAAAGUAUGUUGAAACCCUUGAUAUCUUGAAAGUUAAGAAUUCUAUGGCUAAAACCAAUGGAGGUCAUGCCCAAAUGAAACCUCAACAAAAGCAUUUAAAUGGGAAGAGACUAGCAACAAUUCAAGAGCAACCACAAAGUGUGUCAAAUGGACAUCAUAGAUUACAACAAAAUGUGGAGCAACAACAAAGGGACUCAAACGGAAAUUCAAACUCAGAAGUUGUAGUAACAACAAAAUGGGAGACAUUUGAUUCUCUCCCACCAUUGAUUCCAGUUACUUCCACAUCUUCAUCAUCCACAUCCAGCUCAGUGAUGACCAAUAAUUCAGUUCAUCCCAAAUUCAAUUGGGAAUUCUUCGACUAAAUAGCACACCACGUGUUUGUAAAAUUGUGUGGAUGUGAUUUGUUUAAUUUUCCACUUGUGAGUGCUAUUAUAUCAUAUGUUAUACAUUCUUUUCUGUAUUUAGAUUUGUUUAGCAACCCCUUUACUCUGUCAUUUACUUCACCCGGAAUAAAGGGGGUUGCUAUGAUCGAUAGUGAUUAUCAUAAAAUAGUUCCCUUUUUUUUAUAAACAAAAUUGAUGUCGACCAAAUUCAUUUACCAAAUUUGUGGUCUUAAUAUUAUAUAUAUUAAUCUUUUUUACCUAAUGUAUACAUAGUUUCACUUUCACCUGA